UUGGCCACUUCUAUUGCUGCUGGUGCUGCUACUGCUGUAACACGGGUCCUGCCAUGUUGCGUAGUGGCUAUAGUGCGAGUUUAGGAGUAUACACAGAAGUGUGAGACUAACUUGUUGUUGUCUACCAUUGAAGAAUUGCACACCAAAGCAAAUUAGACUUUGGAGUCUGCCCGUGAAAGUACGAGCAAAGCAGGGUGUAACGAGUCAACGUAAUAUCCACCUGGAGAGCACUGUUGUAGCAGCGGCGAAGAGAAAAAAAGUCGCGUGAAAAAUAAUCAAACGCUUUGGGAUCAAACUUGUAAAUUGUAGGAACGGAGUUUACAGCAAGAUUGUGACAGGCUUCAACGACGUUUGACUGCUAGCUGCUGCCACUUCUAUCUGCAGACCGUACUCGAAAAUUGCAGUGCUUAUUUAACCCCAUAUUUCUUCAUUUACAAUCUACCGACUUCGUUUUUUUACACAAACGUGAGCAACAUUAUUAUUCAACAUGUCAGCUGGACCUUACAAUUAUUCAUACAUUUUCAAAUACAUUAUUAUUGGUGAUAUGGGUGUUGGAAAAUCAUGUUUAUUGCACCAAUUUACUGAAAAAAAAUUUAUGGCUGAUUGUCCACAUACAAUUGGAGUAGAAUUUGGCACCAGAAUCAUAGAAGUAGCUGGUCAAAAAAUCAAACUUCAAAUAUGGGAUACAGCUGGUCAAGAACGAUUUAGAGCAGUAACUAGAUCUUAUUAUCGAGGUGCUGCUGGAGCUUUAAUGGUCUAUGAUAUAACAAGACGCUCAACUUAUAAUCAUCUUAGUAGUUGGUUGACUGAUACAAGAAAUCUUACAAACCCAAGCACAGUUAUAUUUUUAAUUGGGAAUAAAAGUGAUCUAGAUGCUCAGAGAGAUGUAACUUAUGAAGAAGCUAAACAAUUUGCAGAUGAAAAUGGAUUGAUGUUUGUAGAGGCAAGUGCAAAAACGGGUGAUAAUGUAGAAGAAGCCUUUUUAGAAACAGCGAAAAAAAUCUUCCAAAGUAUACAAGAUGGACGGUUGGAUUUAAAUGCAGCAGAAUCAGGAGUACAACAUAAUCCAAGUCAGCCUGGUCGCACUAAUUUACAAGGAGUACUAAAUGCACAACCUGGAGGAAAAGAUAAUUGCUCUUGUUAAAUUGAAUUUUAAUUGUAUAUAGACUCCUUGAUACAUGUAUGAUGAGAAUGCAUUAUUAUGCAUGGUUAAAUGAAAGCAAAAUAGUCACAUGCCCUGUUGGAUGCGAUGAGAUAAUUAAAGAAGACGAUAAAAAUUAUUUAAAUUUCAAAGCAGAAGAUAUGAGUAAUAUAUUGUAAACAUUUUUAUCUAAUUUUGUUUGAUGAAUGUCUAAAGAUUUUGUUUACAAUCUUUUAAUUUUUCUGGAAACUAUUAAUUAUCAGUAAUAUCUUAAAAGUAAUUUUAAAUAGGGUUUACUGAAUUACAAAAAAUUUUAUAAUAACUAAGAACUAAAUUGCAUUCCUCUACAUGCUUAAAUUAUCUUAAAUUUAUGUUAUUGUUUAAUAGAUGGGAACAAGAAAGCUAAAAAGUUGAGAAUAGUUUCUACUCUAUUAAUGGCCACUGAAAGUUUUAAAAUCAUUUUUUGUAAGAAAAUAUAUAUUCUAAUUGUCUCGUUUCUGCAUGAUCUGAUAUGAUUAUAAUUAAGUGAAUAUACAAUUUCCUGCAUACGAUUUGUAUGGAGGAUUUGAUGGAAUAUUUGAACAUCCAAUAAAUGUUACAUUUUAUUCAAAUUUUUUUCCUGGCAAUAUCAAGAAAUUAUUUAAAAAAUGUUAAAUGAUUUCUUUUAACAAAU